UAAGUAAGAGGACGAGCGAAUCAUUUUCAGCUAACGAAGCUCAUCGGAGAACCCAGAUAAAGAGAAGAGAGAAGUGAGCGGGGAGGGAUUUCUAAUUCUCUGGACAUGGCAGAUGAAUUUCAGACUGGGAUUUGCAGUGGGAACUGGUGGAAUAAUCCAACGAGAAACGGCUUCAACGGGGGUUCGUCCCCGUGCUCGACGGCGCUUAACGAUACCGGGAGCUUUGGAUGGCCAGCUGAGAUGGUGGAUAUGAAGGCAAGAUCAUGUGAGGAAUCGGCUUCGGCUUCCGAUAGUUCGACCGCUUUCCAAGAUACCCAGAAGCCACAAGUAACGGAUUCGGUCGGGGGUGGUGGAGUUUUAAUGGAUUCAACGUUGCAAAUCAUGGGUUUUGGGCUCUCAUCACCAACAACCAUGGAUUGGAAUCAAGCUUUACUUCGAAGUAGUGGAAGAGCUCAGACCAAUUUUCAUUCCGUACUUCAAGAAGAAUUAAGUUCGAGACCCAGUUUUCGGCAAGAAACGGGGAUGGAAUCUCAACUCCAAAAGGAAUGGAGUCCAAAGAAUUUUUGUGGUAGUGGUGAAGAUUCCUCCGUAAAUGCUUUUAGGCAAAUAAAUCAGGUCUAUGCUUUAGACCAACAGAGUCUAAAUUCUGUCAACAGCUCCAGCGACUGUACAGUGACAGCUUGCCAGGGCUUGCCCACGAGUUUCCCGAUGGUUUCAAGUUCGUAUGGAUGCACUUCAACGUUGUUACAAGGUUUAUUCGAACCGGAUCCUCAACCCCAACAGUCUUCACUUGAGAACCGAUCGAUCAAUUUUCCGCCUUCAACAAGCUACCACAUGGACCCGAAUGAAUUAUCGCCUUCGUGGCCCAAAUUCUCACAAUUGCUGAGAUCUUUACCUCCUAAACAACAACCCACUAACCAGUUACACUUUCCCAACAACGUUCCUUUCUGGAACGCCACUGCAGCUGCCAUGAAUGAAGUUCGGCCGAGCUAUUUCCCUUCAUCGCAGACCCAAUUUCUUACUCCAACCUUCGAAGAAAAACCUAGUUGCAGCAACCUCACUGCAAAGUCUAGUACAGAAGAAGUUCGAGACUCGGCCACGGCGGUGAAGAAAGGAAGUAGUGAAGCUGUCUUCAAAAGACCUCGAAUUGAAACUCCACCAAUGCCAACUUUUAAGGUUCGGAAAGAGAAAUUGGGCGACCGAAUAACUGCUCUCCAACAAUUGGUUUCGCCUUUUGGAAAGACUGAUACGGCUUCAGUUCUGUAUGAAGCUAUUGAGUACAUCAAGUUCCUGCAUGAUCAAGUCAGUGUUUUAAGUACCCCAUAUAUGAAAAAUGGAGCUCCCAUGCAACACCAGCAGCAGAACUCUAAUAAAUCGAAGGAGGCUGACGGGCACAAACCAGAUCUCAGGAGCCGGGGACUGUGCCUGGUGCCAAUUUCAAGCACGUUCCCAGUUACUAACGAAACCACUGCUGAUUUUUGGACGCCUACAUUUGGAGGAACUUACAGGUAGAGAAAAUAAAUUAAACGAUAAAGAUGAUUAUGGCGAGCACUAGCAGCUAAUUCUCUCCAACUAGUAUGAUAUCAGAGCCAAGCCAAGUUUGGAAUGAUUAGAUAAGUUAAAAAGGAAGAAAACCCAGAAAGCAAUAUCACUGUACUAGUCUGGGUAACCAAGCAAAAUAAAAGGCCUGGAGGGGAAAACGAAAGGACGAAAAGGUGAAAGAGAAGGAAAUGUGAAGUGUCGACCCUUCAAGGACAGGCAGUGUUCGGCUAGCUAGAGGCAAAAUGAUGUUGGCUGGCCAAAGAUUAGGGACCGCUGGAAGAGAGAAUAUAUAUAGUGGUAUAAUAAUCCGAGUAUUAUAAUUCAAAUUGGGUUAGGGAUGGGAACAGGUGCUAAAUUCAGCGGAAAUUUAGAUUUAAUUUAGGGGAGAUUUGUUGUUAAAUAGUUGUUGGAUUUAGCAGGAGAUAAAAAGGGGUUUUGUUCCUGUUGCUAUAUCAUAUGUAUAUAUGGCUGGCACCACCUUUCUAUAUUUAAUUUAUUAGAAGAGUUAGAAGAAGAGGAAAAAAAAAGAGAAAUAAAAGGAAUAAUUGAAUUACAGAAUAGGAGUGUCUGGAGGUCAUUUGAUCAGGGAUCUAACUUUUUUAUUUGUUUAUAUGUUUGGAAUAUGGUAGUGGAAGUCAGAGGGCGGCCCACUGCCUCUCCUUUUAGGGUUUUGAUUAUUCGAAAUGAAGAUAUGUAUGUGUAAGAACUAUCAGUCCUGCUUUUGUGCUUUUCAUGGAAUGGUCACAUUGAAGGACAUCCAUUGGAAGAUAAAGAGGAGCCAAAUUAAAUUCUCCCUCUCAC